CUCCGUCUCGCUCCCCCUCCCGUCCUUGCUGUUCUCGCGCCGUCAAUACCGUCCGUACCUUACCGUACCGUACCGUGGUGACCCUCUUCCUCCGUAAGCUCCCAUAGGUAGCCAGUCUGAGGUGAAAUCCCAAUUCCCUCAGUCUUCUGUUCUUUUCCCCACUGCCCUUCUAACCCUGGACUGGGAUCUGGACCCGGGCCAGCCUGACCUUCCACACUACCCGCGACCUUACAUUGCCUUACUGCGACUCUCCUCCUUCCCCCCCGUCCCAUGUCCACCGUAUCCUUCUCGAAGCCAAGCAAAGUACCUCACCCCCGGCCACCGUUUCCAACCAGGUACCUCAUCCCGGGAAUCGCGCAGAAGUGCCGCCUUUGCUGUUGAAAAUACAAAACCUUCCCUCUUCCUCCUCCAGCUCUACCUUGCCCGCCCACCAAGAAAACGAGAUCACACACCACACACACACACACACACACACACACACACCAUACUGCGUACUCACACGCACACAUUCAUACAGACACUAUCCGCACUCGCUCGCCCAUCCAGCGUCAACCGUACAUACCUACAUACAUAUACAUACUUUCGGCACCCCAUCCUUCAGACGGUUUCCCUAUCGUUGCAACACACAUUUGUUUAUUAUUGUCCCAUCAUCCCUCUUCCCCACGUCGUCUCACUCUCGACGCAGCUCAUCUACGCUGCUUCAUCGACUCGACUCACACACACAUACUCAAGGCUUUUCCCCCGCCCUGUGUAUCUGACCAGACCAACUACUUUUUCCCUCGCCACAAGAUCUGGAGUGCAUCGCAGCGCCGUAACACUCGAACAAGAAGAAUAACCGAUUCCCUAAAAGCCUGUGAGUCUGUUUCUCCCCUUCAGAGCCGUUGUUCUACCUCGUCGUCCUGCACGCACUGCCCUUUAAAACUUUCCGACCACCCUCCGCCCGCACAUCCUCUCAUCCCAUCCCCACCAACCUCUCUUAUCACUCAUCACGCUCGACCACCUCCGCCCUCUGCUUUUUCCCUUACUUUCUUGCCCUCAACUCAACCCGCGUACGUCUUGCUUGGCCCUCCGAACGAGUCUCGCACAAAAAGCUCGCUUCUCGCCUCUGACUGCAAGUUCCCGCUGCGCAAUACAUGCAUCUUUGCCGCUCAAUACACAGCAGCCCAAGCGCAUACUCCUCCAUACCCUCGUCUGCAAUUCUCAGAGUGCGCAGCACCCGUCUCCACAUCUCACUCACACCCAAAAAUAAACCCUGGGCCACCAACCGUCCUCACCGCUGUGCUGCACCCGACUAACACGCCCUCGCAAGAUUGGAAAAAUAGGCACCAUUGCCAUCACAGCACAACAUCGCAGUCCACACUCGACUGCUGAUUUCACAUAACCAGAAAUGGUCUCAACGUACCAGAUGCCGUCCUUCUACAGACCGACACCUUUGACUGUAGACACAACACAAGCGCAAAAGUACUACGAAGAGGAGGACCACAGCAUCCUCGACGAAACUAUCUUGGAUCACAGCGCACUCGACUCGGGCCUGGAAAUGUCGCCUCCCAUGGUUGAUAGCAGAAGAGAUUCCUUCGCCGUUGGCGGCUCUCUCUUCUCACCAAAGACGGAGGACUGGCAGUCGGUCGAUAUGCAAUCCGUGCCAUCCAACAACCCCUUCAUCGAGCAGCAACACAACAACAACCCCUUCAUGCGCCUAGAUCAUGCUCAGCCUUCCCCUUUCGCCCCUCAAGGCAACGGAUGGUCUCUGAGCAAUACCUCUGGCUCUUGCACCCCUCUCCAGCAAUUCGAUGGCAUGCCGGCUGAAUACGACAAUGGUGCUCCCAUGUUCCAGAGACCUGUCCCGGGUCAGACGCCCUUCACCAACCCCACCGGUCAAAUCAACAUGUUCGCACCCAUCGGAUCAGGCAACCAGUCCAUACCAACUUCCCCGCAAAAGGGAUGGAUCGGCCAGGCGGAAUCUAUGGCCAAGAAGAUGCGCCCUGGUAGCCCUACCAUCCGCUCACACAACGACAUGAGAAGGGGUGACGGCAUCCGCAAGAAGAACGCCCGCUUCGAUAUCCCGGCCGAGCGCAAUCUCAGCAACAUCGAUCACCUCAUCGCUCAGUCCACCGAUGAGCAAGAGAUCAAGGAGCUUAAGCAGCAAAAGCGACUGCUGAGGAAUCGCCAGGCAGCCCUUGACUCUCGCCAGAGAAAGAAACAACACACCGAGCGACUUGAAGAUGAGAAGAAACAAUUCACCGCUGUGCUCACCGAUCUGGAGGAAGAGAUGGCCGACAUGAGGAAACAGAUGGAGCAGCUUUUGAGAGAGAAGCAGUUCAACCAGGAGUACAUCGAGUCACUCACCAUGGAGAAGGAGGAGAUGAUCCGCUCCCACACGAUCGAGACCGGCGAGCUCCGGAAGAAGGUCAGCGUCCUUACCGACCACGUCCAGCGUCUCGAGAGCGCCGCCAUGACUGCUCCUGCCAACAACAACUAUGUAUCUGGCUACGACGACAUGGACGGCAUGACCAUGCCGGGCAGCUGGGACAACGUCAACUUCCUCGGCGAGUACCCCAUGGAGCAGGAAGUCAAGCAGGAACUCCAGGUGGUUCCGGCCAAGAAGGCUGAGGUUUCCUUCCCCGUCGACUCCGAGAAGUCUUCCUCCCAGGGCGGUAUUCUCUUCAUGCUCUUCCUCGUCGGUGCCUUUGUUCUUUCCAGCCGUUCUACCCCCGCCAUUCCCCGGGUCUCCGAGGACGUCCGCGCUGAAGCUGCCACCCUCCUCGAGAACGUGUUCAAGGAUGCCGGCGUGAACGGAGCAUCCAACACCCUCAACGCUCUCGCUCCUCAGCCUUCCGGCGGCUCGUGGGUCGACAACUCGGCCAUGCCUAUGGGUGACACCUCAAUGGGCGGUGUCGCGCCUUCGAUGCUCGGCCAGCUUGGCGACUCUCUCACCCAGCCUACCGAUGAACAAGCAAAUGAGCAACUCUUUGGACUCUCGGCUGCUCAGUACAACGGCGUCAGCUCGCAGGAUUUCCUCAACAACGCCCCCGAGCGCACCACCAGCCAAGGACGCAAGAACCUUGCCGAUGCCCUCUCAGCGAUGCGGACCAACAAGCAAUCCGCAGCCGACGUCUACACUAGAUCACUACUUUGGGAUCAGAUCCCCAGCGAAGUCGUCAGAAACUUUGCCAAAAUGGUGUCCGAAAGCAACAGCGCGAAAGCGGGCGCUAACGAAUAACGAAGACCAAAAAAAUUACGAUCCCAUGAUCACAUCAACGAAUCUCAACUCUUAGCUCAAAAUAUCAUUCUACCAACCAUCUUUUUUUCCUUUCAGCCGAAGCUCAUCAUACACUUCUACCGCUCCCGCGGACAAAACCCCAGACAUUGUUGCUCACGCACCAAACAAUCCUCUUUUCACCGCCAAAUGAUCGAAGCUCUUCGGACAUACUUACUUUCCACCCGCUUUAUUUUUGUGAUUUUCAUUUUGGGACGCCAUUUCCCUCCGGUAUCUAGCAAGCGAGCGAGCAUUCUGGGUUUAGUCUGAUAUCUCUGUAUUUCACAUAUCUAGUUUGGUAUCUACUGCUCUUUUCAGGCAAGGAGGGACGGGACAGGGGAGAAGAGCAUGGGAACACGGGACGGCCAAGCUUUUCCAACCUUUGUACAAUGGGGGCAACGGGGUUGGCUUGGAAAUGGAGGGUGGUCACAUGGAAUCUUGGGUUACUGGAGGAGAGCAGGUCUCACACAAUGAGGGACGUCAUCUCACAGGAGACGGAGGAUAGGGGAGGGGGGUGGUGUUCGGUUGGGGAUCAUGUUGCUUUUGUUCUUUUGUCUGAUUUUCCUUUUGUUUUAUUUCCUUUUAUUUCCUUUUUUGGCCUUGACUGGAAAGAUGGACAGCACCGCACGAAGUUGCAGAUUGUUGACGAGAAACGAGAAAGCGUCUCGCGACGAAACGUGGAAACGGAAAUGAGUCGAAACGAACCUCAUGAUCAAUGACAAUCAAACGAAACGAAAUUUUUACCACGUCACUACUUCUACGAAAGCCUUUUUUUUCUUUGAUAUUUUCUGCACAUCUUAUUGCGACAUAAACCGACACUAGUACCGGCACACACGCGCACAAACACCAGGACAGACACUAGGAGAGAGAGAGCAUUUGGAUAUUCGGGUAAUGAGCAGUCAGACAGCCUGCCGUUGGCCCCCAUCUUCUUCAUGUUUUUGCCCCCUCGCCUUUCCUUUGGCGUGGGGGAGAUCAUUCUAUUCAUGUAGCUACUUGCAAAUCUCCAACAAAGAUACCAAGG